AGGCUGGAAGUUCCAGCCCUAUGAUUCUGGGAAAGAGGUCGGACAGUAAGAAAGGAGACGUGGAGCCUGACGGUUUGGCUAUCUGCCCUGGCAUGUAAGACCUCUUCUCUGCCAUGCCUCUUUGGUUUCUCUGGCUCAACCACAAGAGGAUCCAGCCCUCCCUUUCCCCCUUCCUUUCUUUGUCCUGAGAGGGGGUCUUCUGCUGCCUCUCUUCCAAGGGAGAACAUCUGAUUGCAUAAAACGGAGCGGUCAGUUCCUUGCUUCAAAUCAGGAAAUGGGCAAAAGAGAUACAACAGUUUGGUUUCUUGAGGAAUGUAUCUGUAAGGGAAAUAAGGAGGUGGAGCCAGCCAGGGCCAAAGUAUAAUAAUCCUCAGAGCAUGAAAGGAACAACCAGAAGUCAGUAAAAGUAUUUUUGGGAAGAUGGAAGAGACUUACACAGGGAAAGAUUUUUACGCUCAGCAUUUCGAUCCCAGGGACCAUCUGGAAAAGUACUACAACGUUAGCCUUGUGGAUGAAGGAAUGGGUCAGUUUGUAACCUUUUUCCUGAGAGGGGCUCACAGGGCAUUCACCGUAGAUGGCAUCAAGGGAGACACCCUGAUCGACAUUGGCAGUGGUGCAUCCAUCUACCAGUUCCUCUCCGCCUGCGAGUCCUUCCGGGAGAUCAUAGCCACUGAUUGUGCUGACCAGAACUGGGAAGAGAUGCAGCGAUGGCUGAAGAAGGAGCCGGGGGCCUUUGACUGGACCCCCAUCGUGAAAUACGUCUGUGAGUUGGAAGGAGACAGGGACAAAUGGCCAGAGAAGGAAGAGAAAGUCCGAAGAGCCGUCAAGCGGUACCUGAAAUGCGACGUGACCCAACCCAACCCUUUGGCCCCCUUGGUUCUUCCUCCUGCAGAUUGUCUGGUUUCCAGUUUGUGCCUUGAUGCAGCUUGCAAAGACAUCCCCGCCUACCGAUCGGCCUUCAGGAACAUCAGUUGCCUCCUGAAGCCAGGGGGGCACCUCCUCUAUUACCUAGUAUGGAGUUACACCUUGUUUAAGCCUAUGGUGAGCCUUGUUGAGAAAGGGAAAUGA